CCGGAAUGACACGAGCUGGUCACGAAUGAAUCACUUCCUGCUUCUCAAUUUCCCUCAACACCAGGUAAGAUGGCGACCUCCCAGAAGUUAACAGAACACUUCCUGACAUGCACGAUAUGUACAGAAGUGUUUGACAAGCCCUGUACACUUGUAUGUAAUCACACCUUCUGUCGGAAAUGUUUGGUCAACUACACCAAAACCAGACCAGAAGCCAUCAGUGCCAAGUCUCUCCUGUGUCCAUUCUGCAGCAAGAUGACGAAAGUGUCUGCCCCUGAGAGACCAGUGGAGGAGUGGGCGGAUGACGUCAAGCCUAUCUUUGUCAUCCAGGGACUCUUGGACUCGUUUGGCCCCGGAUCAAAAGAUACCACUCACUGCAGUUAUUGCAAGGAGGAAGGGGAGACAACUCCAGCUACAUCUUGGUGCUCUGUUUGUGACGACGCACUCUGUGAACUAUGUAUUCGAGUACACAGACGAAUUCCAUCUUCCCGUCAUCAUGACGUAGUUGACCUGUCUGGAGAGACAAAGGUUAGGGUCAAGAGAAAGGUCAUGUGUAAAAUUCACAAAGAUGAAAAUAUCAAAUAUAUUUGUAAAGAUUGUGAAACAGCUGUUUGUCAGACAUGCUGCACUAUCCAUCACAGGAAAUGUGACUUGGUUGUUGAAAUUGAGUCUGAGAUUCCUGCAAUGAAAACCGAGCUGAGAAGGAAUAAAGAGGAUUUGUUGAAGAAACACGACGAGAUGAAAGCACAUGUUAGAAAACAAACCUCCAAAGUCGACGAAGCAUUAACGCAUUACUUACAAAUAGAAUCGAAUAUCAAGUCUGCAGGUCUCAAAGCAAUAGAGGCUAUCAAAGUCAAGGAAUGGAAACUUUUGGCUAAACUAAAAGAAAUGUCUGGCAGACACAUUGGAGAACUGAAGGCAGACAUAAAGUCAGGUGAGAUGUCAGUACAGAUGUACCAACAACAGGCUGAGCUGAUAGACCAGACUCUACAAUCUGAGUGUGACAUGGGUGUGUAUGAGAUGUAUCAGGGAUGUGAGGCCGGUGAUGUUGAGGCUGUCGGAGUCGCAGACGUGAAAGAGAAGAGAAGAAUAGCCAGGAUCAUGUUCAGACAGGACACGGACAAGCUGAGUAGAGCACUGGACGAUCUACAGUUGGGUGAGAUAGACGUCCUGUAUGAGGAUGUGCUGGACCUGAAGGCUACUCAUGUGUUACAGGACACCAUUAACGUCAGAGUAGCAGGGGAUACACAGGGGGCAUGCCCCACUGACAUGACGGUGUUAGUGGUGAAUGGUACAGACACAGUGGUAGUCACAGACUAUAGCAACAAGAGUGUGAAGUCCUUCUACACCAGGAACAAGCAGCACGGUCACAGCAGGCUCCGUGUAGGUGGUGCCCCGUUUGGUAUAACAAAGUUGAAGAACAACCAGGUGGCUGUCACUAUGCCGGUUUCCAGUCGGAUUGUAACAAUACAAGUCAACCCUGACCUGGUGCUGCUGUCAACCAUCACAACCAGCAAAAAGUACCAGGGUAUAACGUCUCUGACACCAUCAACACUAGCAGCAAGUUCCUACUACCCUCCCAGUGUUGAUAUCCUGGAUAUGACGGGACACGUGCUGAAGUCAAUUUGUCUAGGCCAACCUAGUAGAUGCAUCUUGAAGUAUCCCUACUGCCUCUGUACCACGAGGACAGGAAACAUCCUGGUGUCUGACCGGGGAUCCAGGUGUGUCGUGUGUCUGACUCCCAAGGGAGAUGUGGUGUUCAACUACAGCACUACAGGAAACACAUCACUGGAGUUUCCAUGUGGUAUCACAAGUACCAGCACAGGCGACAUCCUGGUGACAGACAACUCUCUACACAGAGUCCUCCAUCUGACUGAGUCAGGACAGUUUGUUAGAAACAUGCUGACAUCACAAGAUGGUGUCCAGAAUCCAAGUGGAGUGUGUGUUGGUGGGCGUGGUCGUAUGUACGUGUGUAUGUCAGAUAUAGUGAAGGUAUUUACAUUGAAGUGAGUGAACAUGUCACAAUCCUCCUUUCAAUCAACUAUAGUCACGUGUGAGUUGAGGAUGUAUGUGUUUUGAUAUGUGUCAUUGUGUGUUAACCAGCUGUAAGCACAUUUCACUGUGUUUGAGUAAAAUCACAUUAUAUAUUAAUGUUUAAUCACUCAUCUGAGCUUUGCCAUUUGAAUGUGAUGAAUGAAGGUAUGUAAGUGUACACAUUUUAUAUGCAAUCGCAGUAGCAAGGCACAGCUGUUCACGUACCGCUUUAAUUGUUCACAUCUCAUCUGAACAUGUUUCCUAUUUUAUAUAUUACCAACUUCGAGUGUAAGUAGCUUUGAUGAAAGAUCCUUACAUCAAAUAUCAGAUCCUCCACAUGAUGUGUUUUUCUUUUGUGCCACCACUAUGACAGCAUAACGGAGCUUUUCCUUCUGUGUUAUAACUAGAGGUGUCGUGAGCUGAGUCGGUGUAGGAUGGAUAUUUACAUGACAGUAAUCCUUGCUUGCUAUGUUGAGGACAAUAAGCAGUACUGUUUUGUUGCAUGGGGCGCCGUGACAUCCAGACUUCCUUGAUAUGCGGAAAAAGACAAAAUAACAACACUGUCUUGUUACAGACUUACAGACAUUCUUCCGACCACAUAGAUCCGGGCGACAGUUGCACUGCUGUGUCACGGUAACCUGCAAAGGAGACCCGCGAGAGCCUGGCGUUCUGAAUUCUAAGUUCGACAGGCUGUUCAUGUGACAUGCGGUACGAAAACCGCCAAACCAGUCACAGUGAAAAGCCCGUAUUAAGCAGCCGUUGUGAGCAACCGAUCACCAAUUUAGUCACCUUGUAUGACACCUGUAGAUAUAAAGUUCGCAUUUAUCGCAAUGUAAGCCUCAGUGUUCCACAGAAUCACCUGAAACUACUAUUGUACAUAUAUACAUUAAAUGUACUAAUUGUUUUGGUAACUUUACUGAACUGUUUCGUGUUAUGAAGCACAGAACCGACAGCUCUCUCGUUUCUGCGGUGAGGACUUGUUACAUUCACUUGGUAACUGAGCGGUCAAAGGGAGAUAAAUCGUGAGUGGAUGUUUUUUGAAGCGCAAUAAAAUACAAUGAACGAAUAUGAGUGAGUGAGUGAGUGAGUAUUGUUUUAGGCCGCUUUAAGCAAUAUUCCAGCAAUAUCACGGCGGAGGACACCAGAAAUGGGCUUCACACAUUGUACCCAUGUCGGGAAUCGAGCCCGGGUCUUCGGCGCGACGAGCAAACGCUUUAACCACUAGGGAACCCGACCGCCCCUGUGAACGAAUAUACACGUGAAGCCAGGAACAUUUGAUCAGAGUGUGCUGUUUAUGUGUGUUGCAAAUAAAUAACUCCUCUGUAA